UAAGUCUACUAAGUUUGUGAACAACAAAUAUUCGAAGGACAAAGGAAAGGCAACAGUGUAAGGAGAGACAAAUGUCAGGGUUGUUAUUUGUGAAUUUGUAAAACUCAAAUGAGUUGAUAGAGCGGAACAUUAUUUGGAGUAUAUGAUCAUGACACUGCUCAAUAUGGGAGCAAAUUUAGAUGGAUUUAGAAUUUACACACAAUAGGGAUUAAUUAUACACUAGGGAAAUAAUGUGGAAAACACUUAUUGUAUAUUAAACCGUGUACACUAAUCUAUAUACACUAUGGAUGUAUCUUAAUGCCAGUGUAAAAUGAAACACCGAUGCUCCAAUAAUGACAAAGUCAUCAUAUCCUUGACAUCCUCGCUUGAACUUGGAUGUUAUUGAAUUUCGAACUAACACUACAAAUACUCUUGAAAUGUAUCACAGCGGAGCAAAACACCUAAAGACUAACUUAAGUGAAAGAUCACAGGGGCAACAGAUGCGUCCUGGAGAAAUUCAAAAUCUAGUUGAUUUUCUGAAGGGUAAUCAAAUGCAACGAGAAACUACAGAAAUGCGUAUGAAACGACGAGAUCCUUUACCGGACAUUGGUAAAACAGCCAACCUUCGGAAUAUUGACCUAGACCGAGGUGUCAAUAUAAACAUAGAGGAAACUCUACCCGAUGACGCAUAUAAUGAGCUUGAGUGCCAACAAAAUAUACAAGCUGGUAAACGAUGUAGAACACCAAGUCCACCCCCUUCUAUGCAUAUUUCUCCUCGAAGUCUAAACACAAUCAACAAACCAUCGGUGCUACCACAAUCUCUUGGGUCAUAUGGAAACGAAAUGUAUUCAAAACGUAGCAGCAAGACUAGGGCUAUAGUUGGAUGUAGGCGACCAGUGGCUAACGUGCGACACCUACCCCCCAUACAAAGAAUAGAGCCCCCCGAUAGACCAUCGGCUCCAGAGCCGAGACCAGACAUCGUCAUUCCGUCAGUUGAUGGCAAUGAUGAUAUCGAUGAAUUCAAUGCCCAAAUAAGCGGUGACUCUCACCAAGACAGCGCGAUAACAAUUGAUGAGAACAUCGACCGGUUACUAUCUCCAAUACAGGAACGCAAUGACAGCAGUCAAGAUGAAUAUUCAAAUCACAAGACGGUGCAUGCCUUAAGAAGGGAAUUCUCUGAUGUGACACUUGAAGCCCAAACCCGGAAAUCUCAGUCUCAAAUAAAUACAUUCCACAAACAAGGGAGAGAAUCUGUCACUGGGAUAUCAAAAGACUCCGAUAUUGUAAUCCGACCUGCUUCACCAAAUGCAACAAGAACGCAAGAGACUGAGAGACCAUGGGCCCCAGAGCCCUCCUCAAUGCACUCUCCUGAUAUGGAUCAUGAUGGAGAACCCAUAGAUUUCAUUGACGUAAAUUAAUUCAUGUACAGAAAAAUAUAAAUAAAUGUUUAGCUUGUUUAAAAGCUUUGUUCGAAAAA